UCGGCUCCCGCCCCGUUCCGCCAUCAUGAAGUUCUGAACAAAAAGCGGAUGACAUAGAAUAGGGAAAAAUAUAAAUGGUGUAGCCAGUCGGUCUGUGUCAGCAAUCGUUUAAAGGAAUAACAUAAGCGGAAAUUAUACAUUUCAAUUGCAAUGGCAACAAAUGCAACGUAGGAUUGAGUUUAGUUUAAUUUAGCGACCCGUUUCAUAUUGACAAUCAGCUGAUUUUUAGGCUAGGCUCUUGACUGAAGAGCUAACAGCUAUCCAGCUAGCAGGGAGGAUUCCUUGUUCCAAUAGGUUAUGUCAGUCAGAUCAAUUGUGAGACACCGCAAACGAUAGCUAACCAGUCGGCCAGUUAGCUAAUCAGUUACCGGAGAAGACCGUCGAGCAUUUCGAGGAUGGAGUCCAUAUGAAAGACAAUGCAACUUGUGUGCGUUGAAUAAAAACGGGGAAGAAAGAACUCAAUUUUCCUUGCCAGGCCAGUUAGCUAGCUGAAGCUAGCUACAGUGGAUUCCAUAAACCACGGCGCUGGCCAUGCCGUCCAGUGUACGGGCAGGUAGCCUGAAGGACCCAGAGGUGGCGGAACUCUUCUUCAGGGAGGACCCCGAAAAAUUCUUCUCUGACCUGCGCGAGAUUGGCCAUGGCAGCUUCGGGGCCGUCUACUUUGCCACGGACAUCCGCAGCAAUGAGGUGGUUGCCAUCAAGAAGAUGUCCUACAGUGGCAAACAAUCCAACGAGAAAUGGCAGGAUAUUAUCAAAGAGGUGAAGUUCCUUCAGAAGCUGCGUCACCCCAACACUGUGGAGUACAGAGGAUGCUACCUGCGGGAACACACUGCUUGGCUGGUGAUGGAGUAUUGUCUGGGUUCAGCUUCCGAUCUGCUGGAAGUUCACAAGAAGCCCCUGCAGGAAGUGGAAAUAGCGGCCAUUACCCAUGGUGCAUUGCAAGGCCUGGUGUACCUACACUCCCACAACAUGAUCCACAGGGACGUGAAGGCCGGUAACAUCCUCCUUACAGAGCCUGGUCAGGUCAAGCUGGGUGACUUUGGGUCUGCCUCCAUUGUGGCCCCUGCCAACUCCUUUGUGGGAACCCCCUACUGGAUGGCUCCGGAGGUGAUUCUAGCCAUGGACGAGGGACAGUAUGAUGGCAAAGUGGAUGUGUGGUCUCUGGGCAUCACCGCCAUAGAACUGGCUGAGCGUAAGCCGCCGCUGUUUAAUAUGAAUGCUAUGAGUGCCUUAUACCACAUCGCCCAGAACGAGAGCCCUGUCCUGCAGUCCAACCACUGGUCGGAGUAUUUCCGUAACUUUGUGGACUCCUGUCUCCAGAAGAUUGCUCAGGACAGACCUACCUCUGAUGUGCUGCUCAAGCAUCACUUUGUGUGCCGCGAGCGCCCCCAGACGGCCGUGAUGGACCUGAUCGCCCGCACCAAGGACGCUGUGAGGGAGCUGGACAACCUGCAGUACCGCAAGAUGAAGAAGAUCCUCUUCCACGAGACUCUCAACGGACCCACACAAGAGGGAGCAGAGGAGGAGGAGGAUGUUCCAGAGUACAUGUUGCGCACAGGCACAGUGAACAGCAUGGAGAGCUCCCAUUCGUUGCCAUCCAUGUCAAUCAGCGCCAGCUCCCAGAGUUCCUCGGUCAACAGCCUGGCCGACGGCUCGGACGACAGUGGAGAGAUGGCCAUGAUGCAGGAGGGAGAACACACAGUCACGUCCAACAGCAGUGUCCUGCACAAACCACUGAGCCAUGAUAAUAUAUAUGACGACCCGUACCAGCCUGAGUUGGACUCCCAGCAGCAGCAGAUUGGAGGAGGAGGAGGGGGAGGAGGGGGAGCGGGAGGAGGAGGAGGUGGAGGUGGAGGAGGUGGUGGAGGAGGGGGAGGCCGUCGACGGCGCGGCCGUGACCACUUUGCCACCAUCCGCACGGCGUCGCUGGUCACGCGUCAGAUCCAGGAGCACGAGCAGGGGUCGGCGCUGCGCGAACAGAUGUCCGGCUACAAGCGCAUGCGUCGGCAGCACCAGAAGCAGCUGAUGGCGCUGGAGAACAAGCUGAAGGCCGAGAUGGACGAGCACCAGCUCCGACUAGACAAGGAACUGGAGAACCAGAGGAACAACUUCAGUGGAGAGGCCGACAAACUCAACAAGAAACACCAGGGCAUCCUGGAGAAGGAGACGAAGGGGACUCUUACGGAGGAGAAGAAGUUCCAGCAGCACAUUCUGGCACAGCAGAAGAAAGAGCUCACCAGCCUGCUGGAGUCCCAAAAACGCCAGUACAGGCAACGCAAGGAACAGCUCAAAGAGGAGCUGAAUGAGAACCAGUCCACCCCAAAGCGGGAGAAGCAGGAGUGGCUCGUCCAGCAGAAGGAGUGUUUGCAGCAGCUUCAGGCGGAGGAGGAGGCGGGGUUGCUACGGCGACAGCGGCAGUACUACGAGCUGCAGAGCCGCCAGUACAAGAGGAAGAUGCUGCUGUCCCGCCACAACCUGGAGCAGGACCUGCUGCGUGAGGACCUGAAUAAGAAGCAGACGCUGAAGGACCUGGAAUGUGCCAUGCUGCUGCGCCACCACGAGUCCACGCAGGAGAUGGAGUUCCGCCAGCUGGGGGCGCUGCAGCGCACGCGGGCCGACCUAAUCCGCGCGCAGCACCAGAGCGAGCUCACCAACCAGACGGAGUACAACAAGCGGCGCGAGCAGGAGCUGCGCCAGAAGCACGCCGUCGAGGUCCGCCAGCAGCCCAAGAGCCUGAGAUCUAAGGAGCUGCAGAUCAAGCGGCAGUUCCAGGAGACGUGUAAGAUCCAGACGCGGCAGUACAAGGCGCUGCGGAAUCACCUGCUGGAGUCGACGCCCAAGAGCGAGCACAAGGCCGUGCUCAAGCGCCUCAAGGACGAGCAGACGCGCAAGCUGGCCAUCCUGGCCGAGCAGUAUGACCACUCCAUCAACGACAUGCUCUCCACGCAGGCUCUGCGACUGGACGAGACCCAGGAGGCAGAGUACCAGGUGCUGCGCAUGCAGCUGCAGCAGGAGCUGGAGCUGCUCAACGCCUACCAGAGCAAGAUCAAGAUCCACACGGACGCGCAGCACGAGCGCGAGCUCAAGGACCUCGAGCAGAGGGUGUCCAUACGCAGGGCCCUGCUGGAGCAGAGGAUUGAGGAGGAGAUGUUGUCGCUGCAGAAUGAGCGGUCAGAGCGAAUCCGCUCGCUGCUGGAGCGGCAGGCCAGCGAGAUCGAGGCCUUCGACUCGGAGAGCCUCCGCCUGGGCUUCAGCAGCCUGGCGCUGACGGGCAUCCCGUCCGAGGCCUACCCCAAGCAGGGCUACCCGUCCGGCGGUCAGCCUCCUCGGCCCUCGGGUCACUGGAGCCACGGCGGGGGUCCGCAGCAGCCUCCGCACUCGCGCCGCGGGCCCAGCCGCGCCGAGUCCUCCUCGUCCUCGCACGGCGGCCGCGGAGGCGGGGGGGACGGUGGUCAGGGUCAGGGUCUGGGCCUGGGUCUGGCGGCGUCCUCGCGCUCCUCCUCGUCCUCCUCGUCGUCCUCGGCGUCGCAGCAGCAGCAGCACCACCAGCAGCACCACCGGCACCAGCUGCCGCAGCACUACCACCACCAGAGCACGCCGCAGCUGUACCGGGAGCGCGACCGCGAGCGCGGCGACCGUGAGCGGGAGAGGGAGAGGGAGCGCGGCGACCGGGAGUGGCCGCCCGCGUCCGGCCCCCAGCACCACCACCACCACCACCACGGCCACCACCCGUCCGCCUUCCCACACCACCUGCCCUCGCGCUCCUCCUCCCAGUCCCUGGCCCUGCUGCCCCCUCCGCCGCCCGCUCCCCCCUCCCUCGGCCCGUCCUCGGGCUCCGGCUCGUCCGGCGGAGGCGGUGGCUAUGGCGACCGCGGUGGCGGCGGCGGUGGCGGGGGUCUGGUGGUGCGCGGUCCGAGCCUGAUGGCCCUCAGGAACAGCCCCCAGCCCCUGCGCAGGACGGCCUCUGGAGGGGGGGCCUCGGCCGCGGGGCCCGACGGGGUUCUGAGCCGCAGCACCUCCGUCACCUCCCACAUCUCCAACGGCUCACACCUCUCCUACUCCUAAACCACUGAGACGCCGUGGACGAGUGGGUGUGUGAGCGAGAGAGAGAGAGAGACAGAGUGUGUGUGUGUGUGUGUGUGUUGGGCGGGAUAAGAUAGAGGGCAUGUGUAAGAGUUGUCUGUAGUCCUGAUUAUGUAGAGAUUUAAC